UAUACAACUCUAAAUCGGUGCCAUUGUUUUAUGCUAACCAAAACUUUUUCCCUAGCAUGUGAGUGAGUCGCAACCAAAAGUAUUUUUUUGGCGAUACUGUGCCCCACAUUCAAAAUUUAUGUUAAAAACAAACUAUAUAGUUUUCUUUUGAAAACAAUUCGAUAUAUUGACGAAGUAGUAGUGUUGACAGUUGGUGUUGGGUUAUAUAAUGUCGUAUCGUCAUAUAAGAGACGCACUCUACGAAGAGACUUCUACCCGAUUAAUCAAUCACAUGUAUGAAGCUUCUCAGAAAUUCAGCAAAGGUUCAUCUGAUCUCGAUAAAGAUGGUUCUAUUGAAUCAGACGAAGGAGACGAGUUUACUGACGAACAAAUGAAGGCCAUAGAAUCAAUGGCAGCAUCUGCUGAAGAACAACCUAAAAAGACCCAUCAUUUCAUGGAUAAAUUAAUGGAGAAAAUGAUUCAACAUGUUAUACCUGAUGCAGCUCCUGAAAAAGAGAUACUUGAAAGAAAAAUGAAUGAUCCAGAAUAUAAUAGAAGGCCGAAGCUAUCAAUUAGACAACUUAUAUCUAAUUUCAAAAAAUUGAGUGGUAGAAUGAGUGCAUUCUUUGCUCUCCAAUAUGGUUUAAUACACGUGAUUACCUGGAGAAAGCCAACUAAAACGUUAACCGUAUUGGUAUUCUAUACCGCAGUAUGCUUAUGGCCUCAUGUGGUUUUAGCUUUCCCUGUUAUGUUUGUGUUAUUCGGUAUAUUACUCCCUGGAUAUCUUUACAGACAUCCAAAACCAUUACCAGAUUUUAUAAAGGUGAAAAAGCGUGGACAAUCAUUAUUAACAUUCCUUAGCGAUUCUGAGGAUUCCAGUAUAGUUGAUGAUUUCAUUAGUGAAGGGUUUAUGGAAGACCAUGAUCCCACGCAAUUGAUUCCCCUGGUUUCUCGAACAUCAUCAGCCGAUGACUCUUCAGAUGUAGGUUCUCAGUCAGGUACAGGGUCUGCUGAUAUUGUAGACGAUAAAAAGGAAAGGGCAAGCUAUGCAUCUUCACAAGUGGCUUUAUUAAUGAAUAUGAGAGAUCUCCAAAACUUAACUACCGAUGUUUUAGAAGGAAUCAAUGCUGCAGAGAUAUUUUGGUAUAAGACAGCUGGAUUUGAGAAUGAGCGUCUUUCCACAUUUUUAUUCUAUGGUGCUAUGCUUGCUACUUCAUUAGUUUUAUUUUUGGGUCAAUUUAUGCCAUGGAGGUUAAUUUUCAUUCAAUCGGGAUGGUUAGGAUUAAUCCUUUGUCAUCCUAAAUCGAAAAAGUAUCUAGUUGAAUUAAGCCAAGCCCAAAAGAAGAGAGCUGCAUUAAAACCGAAGAAAGAAAAACUACCAGAUACGGAUAAUGAUAAAGAGCCAAAGGAAUUUGAUAGGAAGGAUAUAAUCAUAGAUGAUUCUCCAGAAGUUAAAGUUAUUGAGAUUUAUGAAUUACAGACGAAAAACAUUCUUCACAAUAAGUGGUCGUUCUAUCGAUAUUCAAAUAACAUGUUUGAUAUAAAAAAUAAGGUAAGAGUAACAGGAAAGAGACCGGUUGGAGUAGACCAUUUGGCUAAAGUCUUACCUCCAAAGGAUUGGAAGUUUGAUUUUGCUUUUGCCAAUAAAUGGAAAAUCGAUAAUAAUCCCAAGAAAUUUCUUCAUGAUAGAGAUUUAGAUAAAUCACACUUACUUGAAACCAGAGAAGAUGCGGAUGAGGGAUGGAUUUAUGACAAAAAACAUGAAGAGCAUGAAAUCGUUUACGAAUUUAGAAGAAGAAGAUUACACCGAGAAUGUUACAGAUAUGCUAGAGAACCUAGGAAACCAUCAAAAUUUAUGUGAUAUAUAAUAUAUACC